AUGCCCAUAUAUGGAUACAAGGGGCGUGGCCAGGCAAAUCCAUAUAUGUGUCGGGGGGCCCGGCAGCGCCUGCCCGGCGGCGGCUCCGCAGCGCGGGGGGGGCCGGGGGGGCCCCGCUGCACCGCGCCGGGCUCGGCAGAGCGGGUGGCGUGUCCCCCCCGCCGCGUGUCACCUCGGUCCCUUCUGGGGGUGCCCCCCAUCCUGGGGACAGCGGGGCCGCAUCCUGCGCUGGGGCUCCCGGGCGGCGCGGGCACAGCCCCGGUGCCCCGGCCGGCGCUGACGGAGCCGCGCCUGUGCGAGCCCCCCCGGUCACACCCGCGGGCCACCAUGGACCCCCAGAGCGACACAGAGGGGGGGUCCGGCCGUGAGCCCCCGCUGGAGCUGCUGCCCCGUGUCCCGCUGCACCUGCCCGCCCCAGCGUGUCCGGCAGGGCCGGAGGGGCCGGAGGGGCCGGAGGGGCCGGGGCCCGAGGCGGGGGUGGACGCGGGGCUGGCGGCGGCGCGGGAGCAGCAGCUGCAGCGGGAGCUGGUGGCCCUGAAGCAGCAGCAGCAGCUCCAGAAGCAGCUGCUCUUCGCCGAGUUCCAGAAACAGCACGAGCACCUCACCCGCCAGCACCAGGUGCAGCUCCAGAAACACCUCAAGCAGCAGCAGGAGGCUCUGGCCGCCCGGCGGCAGCAGGAGCUGGAGCAGCAGCGGCAGCGGGAGCGGCAGGAGCUGGAGCAGCAGCAGCAGCGCCUGGAGCAGCUGCAGAGCCUGCGGGCCAAGGAGCGGGGCCGAGACAGCGCCAUCGCCAGCACGGAGGUGAAGCUGAAGCUCCAGGAAUUCCUGCUCAGCAAGACAAAGGACCCAGGCCCCGGCGCCCCCAACCAUUCCCUCCCCCAGCACCCCAAAUGUUGGGCUCACCACACCUCGUUGGACCAGAGUUCCCCCCCCCAGAGCGGCAGCCCGGGGACCCCCCCGUCCUACAAGCUCCCCCUGCUCGGCACCUACGACGGGCGCGACGAUUUCCCGCUGCGCAAAACCGCGUCGGAGCCCAACCUGAAGGUGCGGUCGCGGCUGAAGCAGAAGGUGGCGGAGCGCAGGAGCAGCCCCCUGCUGCGGCGCCGCGACGGCUCCGUGCUCAGCGCCUUCCGCAAGCGGCACGUGGAGAUCACCGUGUCAUCGGUGUGCAGCAGUGCCCCCGGGUCGGGGCCCAGCUCCCCCAACAGCUCCCACGGUGCCCACAACGGCCUGGCCGCCUCUGUCCCCAACAUCCACAGCGAGCAGCUGCUGCCCCAGCCCCACGCCCUGGCCCUGGACGGGGCCCAGCUCAGCCUCUACACGUCCCCAUCGCUGCCCAACCUGUCCCUGGGGCUGCAGGCCACUGUCACCGUCACCAGCGCCCACCUCCCCGUGUCCCCCAAGCUGUCCCCCCAGGCGGAGGGCGAGCGGCCGGCCGUGCCCCCGGGGGUGUCCCCGCUGCGCCCCGGGGCCGCGCUCUCCGGGAAGUUCCUGAGCACGUCCUCGAUCCCCGGCUGCCUGCUGGGGGUGGCCCUGGACGGGGACAGUCCCUCCGCGCCACCGUCGCUGCUGCAGCACGUGCUGCUCCUGGAGCAGGCGCGACAGCAGAGCACGCUCAUUGCUGUGCCCCUGCACGGGCAGUCCCCGCUGGUGACCGCGGAGCGCGGGGGGGGUCCCCGGGCGGGCCGAGCCCCCCGGCACCGGCCCCUGAGCCGCACGCAGUCCUCGCCGCUGCCGCAGAGCCCCCAGGCGCUGCCCCACGGAGCCCUGCAGCCGCACCUGAUGGACAAACAGCCCGGGAAGCUGCUCCCCAAGGCGGGGGAGCUGGCUCGGCAGCCCCCCACCCACCCCGAGGAGACGGAGGAGGAGCUGACGGCGCAGCAAUCGCCCCCCCCGGGGGACAGAGGCCCCCCAGGACCCCCCCUCGGCCCCCUCCUCGUGUCCCCAGAGGCCGGGGACCCCCCGGAGCAACCGCGGGACCCCGAGGGCUGCCCGGAGCCGGGGGACAGCGGGGACGAAGCCGAGGCCACCACAGACCCCGAUGUCACCGAGCUGGGGGUCACCUACAAGCAGGUGUACCCCGAGGCUCUGCAGCUCUUCCCCGCGCCCCCCCUGGGGGUCCUGGCGCUGCCCCACCCCGCCCUGGCCCGCACGCAAUCGUCCCCGGGCAGCGUGAAGCCCCCCCAGCCCGAGGGGCCCCCCAAGCACCUCUUCACCACAGGCGUGGUGUACGACACGUUCAUGCUGAAGCACCAGUGCACCUGCGGCAACACCACCAUCCACCCCGAGCACGCCGGGCGCAUCCAGAGCAUCUGGUCCCGGCUGCAGGAGACGGGGCUGCUGGGGAAAUGCGAGCGCAUCCGCGGCAGGAAGGCGACGCUGGAGGAGAUCCAGAGCGUGCACUCGGAGCACCACGCGCUGCUCUACGGCACCAGCCCCCUGAACCGCCAGAAACUGGACAGCAAAAAGCUGCUGGGUCCCAUCACUCCGAAGACGUACGCGGUGCUGCCGUGCGGGGGCAUCGGGGUGGACAGUGACACGGUGUGGAACGAGCUGCACUCGUCCAGCGCGGUGCGCACGGCCGUGGGCUGCCUGCUCGAGCUGGCCUUCAAGGUGGCCGCGGGGGAGGUCAAGAAUGGCUUCGCCGUCAUUCGCCCCCCAGGCCACCACGCCGAGGAGUCCACGGCCAUGGGCUUCUGCUUCUUCAACUCGGUGGCCAUCUCGGCCAAGCUGCUGCAGCAGCGGCUCAGCGUGGGCAGGAUCCUCAUCGUGGACUGGGACAUCCACCACGGCAACGGGACCCAGCAGGCGUUCUACAGCGACCCCCACGUGCUCUACAUCUCCCUGCACCGCUACGACGACGGCAACUUCUUCCCGGGCAGCGGCGCCCCCGAGGAGGUGGGCAGCGGGCUGGGCGUGGGCUACAACAUCAACAUCGCCUGGACCGGCGGCGUGGACCCCCCGAUCGGGGACGUGGAGUACCUGACGGCCUUCAGGACCGUGGUGAUGCCGAUCGCCACCGAGUUCUGCCCGGACCUGGUGCUGGUCUCCGCCGGCUUCGACGCCGUCGAGGGCCACCUGUCCCCUCUGGGCGGCUACUCCGUCACCGCCAAGUGCUUCGGGCACCUGACCAAGCAGCUGAUGAUGCUGGCGGGCGGGCGCGUGGUGCUGGCGCUGGAGGGGGGACACGACCUGACCGCCAUCUGUGACGCCUCCGAGGCGUGUGUCACCGCCCUGCUGGGGCUGGAGCUGGAGCCCCUGGACCCGGCCCUGCUGCAGCAGAGACCCAACGUGAACGCCGUGGCCACGCUGGAGAAAGUCAUCGAGAUCCAGAGCCGCCACUGGGGCUCCGUGCGCCGCUCCGCCGCCGCCGUGGGCCGGUCCCUGCUGGAGGCGCAGCGCGGGGACACCGAGGAGGCCGAGACGGUGACAGCCAUGGCCCUGCUGUCCGUGGGGGCCGAGCAGGGGGGGACAGCGACAGGGACGGGGACAGGGACGGACACACAGCCCAGGCCGGCGGAGGAGCCCAUGGAGGCCGAGCCCACGCUCUGACCCGCCCAGGAACACCCGGGACAA